ACACACACCCCAACACCACAACCAUCCCAACUCCCCCACGCAGUCGCAUCUGGCAUCAGAUCAUCUACUGCUUCCUGGCAAUUGCAUCGCAACUGCCCCGCACAAUGUCUACCACUACACGGCGCACUACGCGUCGCACCGCCGCCGCCGCAGUUACCGAGUCCUCGCAGUCCGCAUCAAGGCAAAGCUCACAGUCGGCAUCGCCUGCUCCAGAGACGGCACCCAAGAAGAAGCCGGGCCGCAAGCCCAAGGCUGCCAAGGUCGAGUCGCAGACCGUGACGGAGUCGCAGCAGACAGUCACAAAGAGUCGCGCUACGUCACGCGCAAAUGCCGCGCCCCAAGUCACUGCGACAACAACCACAUCAUCCACAACCACCACCACGGCAAAAGCUCCCGUCGUGGCCAAGAAGCUCACCAGAGCCGCUCGCGCAGAAUUGAAAGCAGCAGGCGUAGAGGCCUCACCACAGCGCAGUCUAGAACAGACAAAACCUGCGAAGCAGGCUCGCGGUACAGCCCGGCAGAAGGCCACCAGUCAGAAGCGAAAAGCAGUUGCUGCCAAGCUGGCGGCUACGACUGUUGAGAGCAGCGAAGACGAGGCUGCUGCCGAUAACGAAGAUGGCGUGGGCCUCUUCUUCACCAAAAAAUUCGACAGUGAACUAGUAGGAAUCAGCGAGUCAUCUCCAGCACAGGGUGUGUUUGUAAACGGCAAUGAGGAAGCUCUGGCGCUCCUCCACAAGAUCGAGAGCAACGCCAAGGAGACCCGACGUAUCGAGCCACCAAGCAACGACAGUGAAACAUUUGAAGACAAUGACGUUGCUAUGGAACCUUCACCACAACAGUCUGUCAAGAGAACCUUUCAGGAGGUCUCAGCAACUCCUGAUCGCCCCGUCGCGACACCAUCCAAUAUCUUCAGCAGGUCAUUCUCCGCCUUAAAAUCCAAACUCUUCUCCUCGACCCCCAAACCACCCCCAACCCCCGAGGUCGCUUCACCCACCGUCACAAAACCUCUACCACCUCAGGACACAAUUACUGAGACCCUAUCACUCCCACCCACACCUGUUGGCGAGCGCGUCAAGACACCAAGAAAGAGGCGUGUGCCCACCAACCCGUUGAUGAAUCUUCUACUUAGAGGCAUCGACCGUGAGGACAAACAGAAAGCAGAAGAGUGGGCCAAGCAAAUCAUCCCCACAUUGAGGAACGAUCCCGCUUUCCGCGAGAAGCGUAAGCGUCUCGAGACACCAGUCCUAUGCAAGGACCUGUCAAACUUCCCUUCAGCCAAGCCUUGGGAGACUGGCUUUGGCGACCCCCUUGGCGAUCUGGACGAUGAAGAUGAAGUACCAGUCUGGGCCGUCUACAUGGACAUUGUAGCCGAGGAAGAAGAGCAUGCCGCCAAAAAGCACAAGAAGACUCACGAUGUCACUAUUACCGAUGACGAAGUUCCCACCAUUGACGAGCAGUUCGCCGCCAGCAACAGCGCGCGUGCUUCUCCUAAUCUUUUUGAUAGCCAUGGCCAGUCUGCCUCCAUCCGCGACUUCCACCCCCGUCGUUCAAUUGACCCCUCACCCAUGUUCUCCAACUCCAUGUCACACAACACCGGCGGUAACAUCUUCAGCGAAUUGCAAGGACACGAUACCGCGGCAGAGAUCCGUGAGAAAGACCGCGAGAUUCUCAAAGUUGCGACCAAGGAGACUACUGAGGGCGCCCACACUCAUAACCCUAACAUGGGUUCAUUCAGCGUUCCUGAUGACUCUGAUGAAGAAGAUUCAACAAUGGGCAGCGAGACAUCUGAUACCGAGGCUACUCCAGUCUGGACCCAACCACCACCACCAGCCCCCGUUCCUGCGCACGCCCCACUACCAGGAGGGUCUACAGACGAUGCGCCUCCCACCCCGACCCGUCAGCAGCCAGGAGAUGAGAUUGAGCGCCAGCGCCAGAGACUCAUGAAGCACACACCUGCUAAGCCUUCUCGUCUCCGAGAGGCGACCUACCCUUCACCGAGCGUUCUUUCUGAAGCUGGUAAUGAGUCGCUUCUUGCCGCCACUCCCGCACAGAUGGCUGCUUCUGCGGCUACCAUGGCUAACAUACUGGACGACAUGCCUGUAGCGGAGAUGAUUGAACUUGACGAUGAAUGCCAAGCCGCUUUCGACGAGCUCAUUAACAGUCAAGAGUACCAACAAAAGCUCACCGUCGAAUGGCAAACUCCUAUCAUCACCUACGAAUCAGAUGAGGAGGAGCCGAGCCCUACUUCCCCUUAAAAAUAUCGUUCUUAUUGCAUUGUCACGGCGCUUCUUAUCCUUUCUAUGAAUCCAAUACGAUUGGCUGGAGUCAGACUCCUCGCCUACGGGCAACUUUCAUCACUGUAUUGCGUUCUCUUGUGUUUGCAUAGCCAUGCGUUGUUUUCUUCGGUGUUAGAACCACUGAUGGGAUGGAAGAUGCAUUUUCUUGUUGGCGUUCUCCAGGGGCACAAAAAAUGGAUGAUUCACGAUUGCUGUAUACCCCUCACGGCCCUUGUGGUCGGACUAGGCGCGCAUUUGAGUUUGGUAAUUGCGUUGCUUGCUUGUUUUUAACGGUAGCGUGUUUUGAAAUAGUCUUAAUAGUGAUUGAGAAACUCGUAUGCGUUUUCGAUUU